UCUCCUCGCACGCGUUAUAGAGAUGGCAUUGCCACACACAGCAGGGCAACACAACACAACACACCAGGAGCAUGCACACAGCAAACAUCCCAUCAGCUUUAGACAUUGAUUCUGACAGCAGCACCUGACCUGCGCAGCAUCAGCACCAGAAGAAGAAGAAGCUGAUCACUGAAAGCAGUAGCACAUCAUCAUCACAACAGCAGGAGGCGAGCAGAUCACAUCAUGCACUGGACUUUCCUCGCGUACAUACUUAGAUCUGUUUCCUAAACCACACGCACUGGGAAUGGACAGCUAUCUCUGAUCUCAAUCAGUAGAGCUUUUUCAGGACACACCGGACUGAUAAAAAAAGUUCUCGGUUAUUUAUAACGCACGCAUUCCUUCACACUAGAAGGAAAGUGUUGCACGUGCGUUUUCAUUUCUGUUCAAGCCUGUAGCUGUACAUUCAACUACUAAAACUAAAAGGCAUAUGCGUUUUAAAGUUGAAAUAAUAUCAGGGUACUUUGAUUUAAGAUUUUAGGAGUUAGUGUGUCACUUUAUGGUAAGUUUCCUAAACUGACAACGGACCCUAAUUAUUUGUCCGAAUUUCCAUAUAGAGACAGUCAGAACUUUCAUAUAUCGGAGGAGAUGGUUAAAUGAUGAGGUUUUAAGGAAGUUCACUUUUAAAACAUUUGGAGCGCUUGAAACUUUUACGCGUAAAAGCGCACAGGACGCGCAAAGAAGGCGGCAGUCUACGAGCACCACCAUCAUCAUCCUCAUCAUCAUCGCCAACCCUGUAAAAGCAACGGUUCUCUCUUCUGAAAGCAGAAAACAAGACGUAGAAUGGCUGAUGAGCUUGUUUCCAUCACUAAUGGGAUUGUGCUGCUGUGAUUUGUCGGACCGGAGGGAAGGUUGAUCCACACACACUCGGUUGGUGCAGCAUCGCGGUGCGCGCUCGGGGAUGAUCAGGAUCUUCCCGGAUUUCAGUGUUCAGGUGACGGCGGCGGCGGCUGCAGGUCCGGGAGCCGGUGGAGGGAUGCCGGCUGCGUCCAGGGUCCCGGGAGCUACUAACGGGAAUCCGCAAAACGUCCAAGGCUUGACGUCUUACCAACAAAGUUAUCGUCCUUGGUGUGAACAGGCCUUUACGCAUCCAGAUUUUGACCCAGAAAGUCUGUCAACGAAUCAAAACGAGCCAUACUGGGAGAGGUCUGCUAAUGCAAGCUCCUGCUCCGCCACUAGGCCCAAGACACUCCACCUUGGAGGGCAACAACAUACCUCAUCACCAUGGUUGCAGGCUCUUAGGAAGGAGAAGUCACGUGACGCCGCUCGCUCGCGCCGGGGGAAGGAAAACUUCGAGUUCUACGAGCUGGCAAAGAUGCUUCCGCUCCCUGGCGCCAUCACCAGCCAGCUGGAUAAGGCCUCCAUCAUCCGCCUAACAAUCAGCUACCUUAAGAUGAGGGACUUCGCCAACCAGGGAGACCCGCCGUGGAACCUGCGCAUCGAAGGACCUCCGCCCAACACCUCAGUCAAAGCUAUCGGGUCCCAGCGGAGGCGGAGCCCCAGCAUUGUUGCCUCGGAGAUCUUUGAGCCUCACCUUGGCAGCCACAUUCUGCAGUCCCUGGAUGGAUUUGUAUUUGCACUAAACAAGGAGGGGAGGUUUUUGUACAUCUCAGAGACAGUGUCCAUAUACCUGGGGCUUUCACAGGUGGAACUGACGGGCAGCAGCGUGUUUGACUACGUUCACCCGGGCGAUCACGUGGAGAUGGCGGAGCAGUUGGGGAUGAAGCUUCCUCCGGGGAGAGGCCUCCUGUCUCAGGGCGGCGGGGCCGAGGACGGGGCCAGCUCUGCCUCCUCUUCCUCUCACUCUGAGACACCUGAGCCAGUGGAGUCGAGCAGCCCCAGUCUUCUGUCGCCGGAUAACACUCUAGAACGUUCCUUCUUUAUCCGAAUGAAGUCCACGCUCACCAAGAGAGGCGUCCACAUCAAGUCCUCUGGAUACAAGGUCAUCCACGUUACCGGCAGGCUGCGGAUAAGAAUGGCAUUAACACACAGUCGUUCGGUACCCAAUCAAAUCAUGGGCAUGGUCGUGGUGGCACACGCACUUCCUCCGCCAACCAUCAAUGAGGUUCGGAUCGACUGCCAGAUGUUUGUCACACGGGUCAACAUGGAUCUCAACAUCGUCUACUGUGAAAACAGAAUCAGCGACUACAUGGACCUGACACCUGUCGACAUCGUAGGGAAAAGAUGUUAUCACUUCAUUCACGCAGAGGACGUGGAAGGCAUUCGGCAAAGCCAUUUAGACCUAAUGAAUAAAGGUCAAAGUGUGACAAAGUAUUACCGCUGGAUUCAGAAGAAUGGAGGUUAUAUCUGGAUCCAGUCCAGUGCCACUAUUGCAAUCAACGCCAAGAACGCCAAUGAAAAAAACGUCAUCUGGGUCAACUAUGUACUGAGUAAUCCCGAGUACAAAGACACACCUAUGGACAUCGCACAGCUGCCUAACCUGCCAGAGAAAGCAUCAGAGUCCUCGGAAACAUCUGAUUCUGAAUCCGACUCCAAGGAGAAUUCUGAAGACAACGAAAACUCCAAGUCAGGUGGGAAGGGGAAUCAGUCUUCUGAGAACAGUGAAGAUCCAGAGACGGACAGUAAGAAACAAACGGGCCGGCCGCCAGAGCAAGAGAUGAGACGACAGGAGGAAGGAGACAGUUCCAGCAAUCCAGAAAGUCAGGACAGUGAUGAUAGCCUGGAACCUUCUGACUGUGAAACCGACCACAAGGAGGGCCGCCUGGGUGGUUUACACAUUAAGGUAGAGCGCUAUGUUGACGGCGAGGUGGAGGAAUUGCAGGACUCGCCCUCCUCUUGCUCCUCCUCAGAAGAAGAAGAGGAUGAUGCAGAAGAUAUUGUGAAGGACUGCAACAGUGGACGAGAGCUGAGCGGGCCGGCAAUGAGCAAACACCAGAAGAGAAAGAAGAGGAGGAAAAAGCAGAAAUGGGAUGAUAGUCGCCAACGUCUCCGUCUGUCUCCCUCGGCUGCUGCCACCCCCAGCCCUGGCAGCCUGGACCCCACCCUCGGAGACCAGCCUCCCCUUCUGCUUCCACCCUCCCCGACCAGUUCCUCUGUGCUGAAGAUCAAGACUGAGAUGUCGGAACCUAUAAACUUCGACAACGACAGCAGCAUCUGGAACUACCCACCCAAUCGAGAGAUCUCCCGUAACGAGUCCCCCUACAGCAUGACAAAACCCCACGACACCUUCCCUUCCCCCCCGCCUGCCGGCCUGCAGGUGUCCAUUCCCGACUCCGUCCUCACUCCACCUGGUGCUGAGGGUGGAGGAGGCAGCAGAAAGCCCAAUUUCAAUGGCAACAGUAGCAGUGGCAACAAUAACAGCGCCCCCACCUCCGUGUCCAGCGCAACUCCAGGCAGCUUGGUUCCUCCUUCCAGUUCAACCACCGCUGACCCGCUCUCCCCACCUCUCUCUGCCUCACCGCGGGACAAGCAGCAGGGUACGCCCACCUCCUCCGGUUCCCUGCUCUACACCAGUGAUCUGGAAGCCCUGCAGAGGUUACAAGCGGGGAAUGUGGUGCUUCCAUUGGUGCACAGAGUAACAGGAACGCUUGCCGCCACGAGCACGGCAUCCCCACGAGUCUACACCACUGGAACGAUCCGAUACGCCCCGGCAGAUGUCAGCCUGGCCAUGCAGGGCAACCUCCUGCCUAACGCCCACACUGCUGUGAACUUUGUUGAUGGGCCCGGUUUCGGCAUAGACCCCAAGACACCCAUGGAGAUGCUUUACCAUCACGUGCACCGGCUCAACAUGUCCACCCCCUUUGGGGCCACAGUCAGCGGAGCCGGGCUCACGCAGAUGCCUGCUGCUAACGUCUUCACCACAGCAGAGGGACUCUUCUCCACGCUUCCGUUUCCCGUCUACAGCAACGGCAUCCACAACACACAGACUCUGGAGCGCAAGGAGGAUUGAAGCAAAACAUUGAGACCAUAUUACUGUGUUCAACUGUGUUAAAAAGACUCUUCUGAGGCAAAAAGACUGUGUAUCAAAGUUGGGGGAAAGUGAGAUGUUCUAGCACUUUGAAUUUUGAGCAAUUGAGCUUGUGUAACUGAAAUGAAUGGUUUCUCUUUCUGUGUCUUUCUAUCUUUCUAUCUCUUUCUUCUUUCUCGCCUCCUCACACAAGUUCUUGAUGACGGUUUCUCUAAACGGACUAAACAGACUCAUCUCUAUUGUAAAGAGUUCCCUCUGAGCCACAGGGAAUUCAUAGCACUGUAGCGUAUGUCUUCUCUGGGGUGAAAUAUUUGUCCAGAGUAUCUAACAUCCUCAUUAGGAUGUCUUAAAGGUAUUAGAAAAAGAAAAUUGACAAGAAAAGAAACGGUUCAUGUUUCUAACGGUAUCUUGAUGUAAUCGAGAUUGAUGCUGAUAAAAGGAUGUUACCCUAUUUGAUGUAGUUCGAAGGGUUUUA